GCUGCUGAGCAGGCAGACGGGCAGGCACACUUUGAGCACGGACCGCGUCGGCAGGAAAUCCGCCAUGUUCGCGACAACUUCAUCGAUGCUAAUUCGGUGCGCGGUCGCGGGGCGCAGGCACGGGACCAAGCCCCUUCCCUCCAUUCAGGAAGUAGACUGUUAUCGUCUAUUUGUCUGUGGACACACUUAGAUCUGCUCCUCGCCGUCAAUACCUUAUCUUUAGGCAGCUUUACCUUUGUAAAAACGAUGCAUUUAUUGUUCACUAGUUUGCAAACUACUUUUAAAGUAUAACGCUCGUUUAGGUAGCUAACAGCGACUCCGUGUAUUUCAAUUGGCGGCCUCGGGGUAUGUAGCUACAAACUCUAUAACGACAUACAACCCAACUUCAGGACUUUCCGGUGACAAAAUGGAUAUUUUACUACAGGCUCGAUGUCACAUAAAGACCUUAAACGACCACUAAACAAAACUUUAAACUCUUUAAACCCAAUUUGAUGAUGGGACGCCGCCUCCUAGCGGUUGGAGGCGGUUAUUGUGUAACACUUUUCCUGAAUAGAAGAAAGCAGCUUUCUCAUUGGUCCUUGCCCUUUCGGGCUGAGCCGUGUUGUGUUCACAAGCAUCGGAAACAAGGCGUCUUGGUAAACAAACUAACAAGCCGAUUGGAAUAGUUAGAUUCCAAUUUAUUCGCAUUUCACAUGUACAGCUUUUUGUACAGCUAUGCCACCUCAGCAACAUUUCAUGUAGUAACGAAUCCAUGCUAGAAUGGACGUCGAAUAAUCAUCAUUACAAAACAAAACCUAGAACUAUUGCACCGAAACGACAAUGGAACGUCGUCCUCUAGUGGGUGAUUGUGGAAAUUGUGGAAUCAUACUGUAUUGUGGAAUCAUCGGUCCAUCACUAGCAGGUUAGAGAUUGCAUUCACAGAUAUACAAAAUCUAGAAUUACCAAUUCAUAUGCAACAAUAUGUAGACAUAAAAACGAUAAGUAAAAGAAAUGUAUAUAAUACUCAAUAUUCCGACUUUUUUGGAAGUACGUGAAGGCUCCAUCGGUAUUGAUCAUGCACAUCCCCUCCAGCGGCAGCAUCUCUACCCGUCACACACUCAUACACACACACACGCACCUCCCAGUUGCAUUGAGUGUGUGAGCCAAAGUGGAAAUUAUUAUCGGGCAUCAUGACAAUUAGAAACACUCUCCGGGAUCACGGGCAGAGAUAUCGACCACGGAUGGCCUGUCUGAAAAAGGCGGAAAAGGUGCUGCUGGAGAUGCAGGAUCCAAAAUCGGGAGUGAAGUCACAGCUGCAGCGACUGGUCAUCACCACCAUACCGCACGCCAUCACUGGGGAAGACAUCAUGGCAUGGCUGAGUGAGAGAUUCCAAAUAGACACACAAGAGGCUAGGACUCUGGGCUCCAUGUUGGUGGCACUGGGCUACGUCUACCCUCUACAGGACCAUAAACGCUUGGUCCUCAAGUCAGAUGCGUCACUGUACCGCUUCCAGACGCCAUACUUCUGGCCUGUCCAGCAGUGGCCCGUGGAGGACACCGAUUAUGCAAUCUACCUGGCCAAGAGGAACAUACGCAAGAAGGGAAUCUUGGAGAUGCACGAGCAGGAACAGUACAGCCACCUUCACAAGUGGAUGAAUCACAAGUGGGACUUCAUAGUGAUGCAGGCUAAAGAGCAGUACAGGGCUGCAAAGGAGAGGAAGAAACCGGACCGUGUGGUGUUUGACUGCCAGGAGAGGGCCUACUGGGUGGUUCACAGACCUCCGCCGGGCAGCGUGAGCGCCAUGGACUAUGGACUUGAUAGACGGAUAGAUCCUAACGCAGACGAGUGUGUGUCAUCUGGCCUCUUAUCCUGUCUGCGUCUAUCCUCCUCGAAGGCCAAAACGCCCGACUUCUACGAGAGAAUGAUGAUCUUCACCCAGCAGUCCAUCAUGAGGCCCAGAGUCAAGUCAUCCGUGUCCAUCGGAGCGUUGGUGAAAUACUGCGCCACCUACAACAACCACGACCCCUUCCUGUUCAGAUGUCUGCCAAGCAACCCCUGGUUAACCGACGAUGUCACCUACUGGACCCUGAACAUGCCCAAUGUGGACACGCCAACAAAGAUGCGCGUGGAGCGCUGGACCUUCAGCUUUGGCGAGCUCCUCUCGGACCCGCGAGGCCGUGACGACUUCAGGCGCUUCCUGAAGAAAGAGUUCAGCGGCGAGAACUUGGCCUUCUGGGAAGGUUGUGAGGACUUAAAGUGGGGUGCAGCCACCACCAUGAAGGAGAAAGCCGAGCAGAUCUACAAGACCUUCCUGGCCCGUGGCGCCCCUCGCUGGAUCAACAUUGACGGGAAGACAAUGGAAAUCACGGUGAACGGCCUGAAGUAUCCACACCGAUACGUCCUGGACGCCGCCCAGACCCACAUCUACAUGCUGAUGAAGAAAGACUCCUACGGCCGCUACAUGAAAUCUCAGGUGUUUAAGGACACCUUGAAGAGGGCUAUCUUCCCAGAGGAGCACAAAUUCACUGAUGCCCAGCUGGAGCACAACUCCAAGAACCGCCGGCCCAGCAUCAGCCCCAUCAUCCUCCGCCAGCAGGAGCUGGAGGAGCGGGCCAAGAUGGCCGCCAACGCUCCCAUGGACAUCACCCAGGUCAUGAGCAAACUCAGCAAACAGCAGAAGGGGGAAGCCCCGCCCCCUGCACCCCAGAAAUGAUGCAUGCAAAAUGUUAGCAGCUCAUUUUCUGUCUUUCAUUGGGAUAAAUUCCAUGAAUAGUCGGAAUUUGGAAUUCCAUUACAAUCAUGUCCCAAAAGCUGUGGCUCUCAGUUAGUUUUUGCCAUGCCCCCUGAGGGGACAGGCAUUUUUUCAGAUGUCAGCAGUAUGCUUCCAAAAGUGUUUUCAUAUGCUACGAGCAGUUAGCAGGAAUGCUUAGC